UUAUUACUAUAAAAAUGCUUGGAAGAAAGGCUGUGCCUUUGAACAUUCUGGUCAUGAAAGUAUAAUUUCAUAAAUAAUCAUAAAUGUUUCUUAAUUGUAUUUAAUUCCAUAUUAAAAACUGAAGGUUAUAAAUAAAUAGGCUACAGAUAGAGAGAGAACUAUGUGGUAAAAUAUAACUCAUUCACACAUUAAAAUGAGUUUCACUUAACACUUAAUGAGAUCGCUGUAAAUAGGUUACACAGGAAAGCAUGUAAAGGUGACUUUCUCUUGUCGCAUAUGUGUUUAUUUGGUCGUUUAAGGUGUUAAUAUCGUCAGUAAAAGUAUCAAGAAGCAGUAUUUAAAGUUUGACGCAGCUCACAAUUAGUUAGGUAACGUGAGCAGAUGCGCAAAUUUCACGCAAUUUACGCUACGUUGAGAAUGACGUCAUCAGACAUUUCCCGGGAAAAGAUGGAUCGGUAUAGUAGGAGGAUGGCGGCACUGCGGUCUCACCAUAAGAAAUGUGAAGAAAGGUACAAGGCAAAAAUGAGGACCGAGACAUAUGACAACAAUUUACAGAAUGGGGAACAAUCAAACGACAAAGGUGAGGUGCCAACAGAGAACGGGUCUGCUGAGAAGAGUGACAUAGACACAGAGAACGGGUCUGCUGAGAAGAGUGACAUAGACACAGAGAACGGGUCUGCUGAGAAGAGUGACAUAGACACAGAGAACGAAACCAGUAAACAGGACUCAAGUGAAUCAGAAACAUGUAGUGAAUAUGUUCCAUCAGACAAAGAGAGCACUGCUGAUGAGCUUGAUUCAGAAAGGGAGUCAGGGGUGCAAUUAAACACUAUUGACACAUUGAUUCCUUCAGAUAAGGAUUCUUUACAUACAAGCAAGAAAAAAAAAAAGAUGACAAUCAAAACAACUGUUAAUUGUCCCAAAGGCACAAGAAAAUGGAACAAAAAGCAGUACUGUUUGUACUGUCAGAAACCCCAGAGCAAGAUAUCACGACACCUUGAAAAUCGGCAUGCCAAUGAACCUGAGGUUUCAAAAGCUUUCUCUUUUCCAAAACACUCUAAAAAAAGAAAAGAUCUUCUAGAGGGAAUUCGAAAUAAAGGGAACUAUUUUCACAAUGUAGAGGUUUUGGAAAACAAAGAUGGAGAAAUUGUAACUUGGCGUCAACCAACCGUGGCUGCAGACAUUUCAGAUUUUCUUCCUUGCCCUCAGUGUCUUGGGUUUUUCAUGAAGAAAGAUUUAUGGAAACACUCAAAGGCAUGCAGAGCAGAGAACGUUGUUAAACGAAAAAAAGGAGAGAGAGUGCGGUCCACUGCAGCUUGCCUUCUACCUAUGGGGUCAGACACCCCUGCUGGUAUUAGAACACUUUUGAUGGGUAUGCGUGAGGACAGUAUCGCCAAAGCAAUAACCGAGGAUCGCUUGAUCAUGUUGUUUGGCGAGUCCAUUUAUACAAAGUGCGGCCACGACCGAGCUCAGCACCCAUACAUUGUACAAAAAAUGCGAGAACUUGCAAGGUUUAUGGUUAAGGUGAAAGAGCUAUCUAAGUCAGUGGAAACACUUGAGAAACUGUGUGUUCCUCAAAACUUUGUUCUGGCGAUCACUGCAUGCAAGGAGGUAAGCAGCUACAAUGCUGAAUCAAAUCUUUUUAAAACUCCUUCUUUAGCUCUCAAAAUUGGUUACUCAUUAAAGAAGGCAUGUCAGGUAAGCUUAGGCCAGAGUCUUAUGUCUGGAGACACUGAGACAGAAAGGAAUGUAAAAAACUUCAUCAAACUUAUUGACAGUCACUGGAGAACCAAUAUUUCAAGCAAGGCUCUCAACACCCUUCAGCAAGCCAGAUGGAAUAAGGGUGAUACCAUACCGCUUACUGCAGAUGUCAUGGCAUUACAGAAACACUUGAGAAAGCAGGAGGAGGUGUCAAAAGAAAAACUAAGGAAAAAUGCAAACGCUGCUGACUGGAAAGUUUUAGCAGAAACAAUACUUUGUCAGAUUAUUUUGUUCAAUAGGAGACGUGAAGGAGAGGCUUCUAAACUACUCCUUACAGUUUAUGAAAAGAGGAAUGUGAAGCCUGCCAACCAGGAUGUUGUUAAAUCUCUGACUAAGUUAGAGCAGCAACUGUGCAGUGAAUUGACUAGAUUGGAAAUUCGAGGAAAAAGAGGGAAAAAAGUACCAGUACUACUGACCAAAGACAUGGUUGACUCACUUGAUCUUUUAAUUGGAAGCAGAGAGAAAGUUGGGGUCACAAAAGACAAUCCUUAUGUUUUUGCAAAAGUUGAGUGUUCAGCCCAUAUUCGUGGGUCAGACUGUCUACGAAAAUAUGCAGCAGUGUGUGGUGCCAAAGACCCAAAAAGCCUGACUUCAACCCAACUGAGAAAACAAGUGGCAACUCUGUGUCAGAUUAUGAACUUAAAAGAUAAUGAGCUUGACCAGUUAGCUAAAUUUAUGGGUCACGACAUACGCGUUCACCGCGAAUAUUACAGAUUGUCGGAAAACACCAUACAACUAGCAAAAGUAAGCAAGUUGCUGUUGUCUCUAGAGAAGGGGUCUGGAGUAUACAAAGGAAGAUCUUUGGAGGAAAUCCAGUUUAGCACUGAUGUGACUGGAGAAGAACUAAGUCAAACUACAGAUAUGGAUGAGGAGGAACACACUUCUGCUUCAAGAAAAUCCAUCAGUCACUCUUCUCAACACAAACGACAAAGUUCUGACACAGAUGAGAAGGAACACACUUCUUCAAGAAAAUCCAUCAGUAAAUCAUCUAAACGCAAACGACAAAGUUCUGACACAGAUGAGAAGGAACACACUUCUUCAAGAAAAUCCAUCAGUAAAUCAUCUAAACGCAAACGACAAAGUUCUGACACAGCUGUUAAAGUGCUCACAGAAGUUGAGGAGGAACACACUUCUGCUUCAAGAAAAUCCGUCAGUAAAUCAUCUAAACGCAAACGACAAAGUUCUGACACAGAUGAGAAGGAACACACUUCUGCUUCAAGAAAAUCCGUCAGUCACUCUUCUCAAUGCAAACGACAAAGUUCUGACACAGAUGAGAAGGAACACACUUCUUCAAGAAAAUCCAUCAGUAAAUCAUCUAAACGCAAACGACAAAGUUCUGACACAGAUGAGAAGGAACACACUUCUUCAAGAAAAUCCAUCAGUAAAUCAUCUAAACGCAAACGACAAAGUUCUGACACAGCUGUUAAAGUGCUCACAGAAGUUGAGGAGGAACACACUUCUGCUUCAAGAAAAUCCGUCAGUAAAUCAUCUAAACGCAAACGACAAAGUUCUGACACAGAUGAGAAGGAACACACUUCUUCAAGAAAAUACGUCAGUAAAUCAUCUAAACGCAAACGACAAAGUUCUGACACAGAUGAGAAGGAACACACUUCUUCAAGAAAAUCCAUCAGUAAAUCAUCUAAACGCAAACGAUUAAGUUCUGACACAGAUGAGAAGGAACACACUUCUUCAAGAAAAUUUGUCAGUAAAUCAUCUAAACGCAAACGACAAAGUUCUGACACAGCUGUUAAAGUGCUCACAGAAGUUGAGGAGGAACACACUUCUGCUUCAAGAAAAUCCGUCAGUAAAUCUGCACAUAAAAACAGACUUUUAGAAUCAGUAGAGUUCUCAGAGGAUGAAUCUUUCAUGCAACCAUCUAUAAAAUCUGGAAAGAAAGCCCCUAAGAGGCCAUGGAGUCCCGAGGAACAGUUGGCCGUAAAAGAUACAAUGCGCAAGUUUCUUGCAUUAAGAAAAGUACCUGGGAUGGCAGAUUGCCUGUCAUGUCUGGACAAAAAUCCUGUUCUAGGCUCAAGAUCGUGGCGUGACAUAAAAAACUUUGUACAUAAUACGAUUCAGAGUAUGAAAAAGAAACUUGCCACAAUUACUUAUUAGGUGCUGGAGUAAAAUUUUAUUUUAGUUACUAUUUUUUGUUUCUUAAGGUAAAUGACAUUAUUAGCAUUUCUACAGAAAUUAUGUUUUAAGAGUCCACCUUUAUAUUGUACAUUUGUACUUCAUUACAAAUCAUUUACUUACAGUGGUCUUGUUUAAUGAGGUUCGUACUUGAUGUUCGAGAAAUCAGUCGACUUUUGUGUUAGGUCGGAACUCAAAGCACUUUAUUUACAGUUGUCUUGCUCAAUGCGGCCUGUACUGAGAUCGAGAAAUCAGUCGACUUUUGUGUUAUGUUACAAGUCAAAGCACUUUAUUUACAGUGGUCUUGUUUAAUGAGGUUCGUACUUGAUGUUCGAGAAAUCAGACGACUUUUGUGUUAGGUUAGAACUCAAAGCACUUUAUUUACAGUUGUCUUGCUCAAUGCGGCCUGUACUGAGAUCGAGAAAUCAGUCGACUUUUGUGUUAUGUUACAAGUCAAAGCACUUUAUUUACAGUGGUCUUGUUUAAUGAGGUUCGUACUUGAUGUUCGAGAAAUCAGACGACUUUUGUGUUAGGUUAGAACUCAAAGCACUUUAUUUACAGUUGUCUUGCUCAAUGCGGCCUGUACUGAGAUCGAGAAAUCAGUCGACUUUUGUGUUAUGUUACAAGUCAAAGCACUUUAUUUACAGUGGUCUUGUUUAAUGAGGUUCGUACUUGAUGUUCGAGAAAUCAGACGACUUUUGUGUUAGGUUAGAACUCAAAGCACUUUAUUUACAGUUGUCUUGCUCAGUGCGGCCUGUACUGAAAUAAAAAAAUUUGCAACAUUGUUAUGUUGGAUUUUUUCCCCCUCAA